AUGCCCAAAGGAAGAUGCUUCAACCCACCUUUAGACAAGGAUGGAAUAUGGUUCCCUCACAUUGGACUCACGCAGAAGACACCAGAAUCCAUCACAAGCGCUAUGUUAAAACAGCCUCAUGUUCCACAUUUGACUUGUCAAGUGGAGGGGAAGCUACCACCGAUAUACAAAGUCCGGGAGAACCAAGCUGUAAAUAACAACUUCCCCUUCUCCGUCCACGACAACCGGCACAGCUUUGAGAACACUGGGUACUACUUUGACACUGGCCUGGGACGUAAGAAGGUUUCCACAGAAAAAAGGCAACAAGUUUCAAGAAAUUUCAAUCUUUGGGCAUGUGACUAUGUUCCAUCUUGUCUUGAUGGCUUUUCAAAUAACCAAAUAUCUUAUGUCUAUAAGGAAGCCGUGGUGGUCCCAUUUUUCAGGCGCUUCCCAAGACAUCAUGGUGAAAUAUGGAACACCUUUAAAUUUAUUCCUGAAAGAAGCUGUACAGACUUUUUGAAAAAGAAACCAAAAGUGAGAUUCGCUAUUGACAAAAAGGCAACUUCCCCACUGGAGCCCUAA